AUGGAUAAAACUCGUUUAACAACUACCAAUAAAACCAAUCAUACCAUCAAUAAUACUAAUAAACUUCAUUUUCCAUCAUCAUCAACAGUUGCUGCAUUACCCAACGAUGAUAAGCAUAUACAUGAAACAGAUCGUUUGCUAACUGAACGUGCAUCGUCAAAUAUUCUAUCGGAUUUACCGCGUUCACGUAAUCUUGAAGAAACAGAUGACAUUGAUUUACCGUUCCCAGGUUUCGUUGAUCGAGUUUUCUAUUGUCUUAGACAAACAACACCAUUACGUUAUCAAUGUUUACGAUUAAUAACAUGGCCAUGGUUUGAACGUAUAAGUAUGUUUGUUAUUUUACUUAACUGCGUCACACUUGGUAUGUAUCAACCAUGCUCACAUUUUACAACCUCAGAAAUGCCAAAAAAAUGCGACACUGUACGUUGCAUCUGGUUACAAGCAACGGACUAUUUCAUAUUUGCAUUUUUUACUAUUGAAAUGUGUAUUAAAAUGACAGCCAUGGGAAUAUUUGGCAAAGGUUCAUAUCUAGCCGAAACAUGGAAUAGACUUGACUGUUUUAUUGUUGUUUCUGGGUUAAUUGAAUCGGUAAUACCAGGUGAUAAUUUAAGUUUAUCAGCUAUUCGUACAGUUCGAGUUCUUCGUCCAUUACGUGCCAUUAAUCGUGUACCAUCCAUGCGUAUAUUAGUUAUGCUUUUACUUGAUACACUACCAAUGCUUGGCAACGUUUUACUUCUUUGUUUUUUUGUCUUCUUUAUAUUUGGUAUUGUUGGUGUACAAUUAUGGAAAGGUUUAUUACGUAAUCGCUGUUUUUUACAAUUAAAUGCAACAACUAUACCCAAUCAUGCACUGUUUGAUGAUUUUCCUCUACGACCGUUCUAUAUUCCACCCGAUCAUGAUUCAUUUGUGUGUUCACAGCCACAUUCGGGUGGAAUGACAAAAUGUUCUGAAAUUCCUAAAUUGCGAAAAGGCAAUACAACAUGUGAACUUGAUUUUUAUAAAUCAAGUGCACAAUUAGACAAUAAUCCUAAUAUGUCAGUCAAUGGUUGUAUUAACUGGAACCAGUAUUAUAAAUUUUGCAAUGUUUCCGAUAAAAAUCCAUUUUCUGGUUCGAUUAGUUUCGAUAACAUUGGUUUAGCAUGGGUUGUUAUCUUUCAAAUAAUCAGUCUGGAAAGUUGGGUCAAUAUUAUGUAUUAUAUACAAGAUGCUCAUUCAUUUUGGGAUUGGAUUUAUUUUGUUUUUCUUAUUAUAAUUGGUUCAUUCUUUAUGAUUAAUCUAUGUCUUGUAGUUAUUGCAACACAAUUUAGUGAGACCAAAAGACGUGAAACUGAACGAAUGUUAGCUGAACGUAGACGAUUUUCGCGUUCAUCAAGUACACUAAUAAGUGAUGAGCCAGGUUCAUGCUGGGAAGAAACAAUUAAAUAUUUGGAACGCUUAUGGAAACAUGGAUACAAACAUUUAGUUAUGCUAUGGAAGCGUCAUAAAGAAAAACAUGCUAAAUUUCGUCCAAAUCCUUUAAAUGCAUCAAAAAAACGUCGUCAAAAUAAACAAACAACUAGAAAUAACAAAAAUUCUUCGCUACAAAUCCAAAUUCAUUCAACAGCAAAUUCAUUACCACUAUCUAAUCUUAAUAUUAUCCAUCGACCCAAUUGUCGACUUUAUCAACCAACCCAUCUAUCAACGCCAUCGUCAAUAAGUCCAUAUUUAAUUAAUGCACCAUCUGCUAGCCCAGAACUAUCUGAUAUUAUUGAUUCAACAAAGACACGAAGUCCCAACAUCGAACUUCAGAGAAUUCUACCUCCAACGCUAACCAAUAGUCCAGUGGCAUCGUCUCUAUCGCCAAAAGUAUCAAGAAAUCAUCGUAAAAAAUCUGCUGACAUUGUUGGACUUAUUUGUCCCGAUAUAAAUAUAAUACCGCCAGCAAAUAAUAUAGUUGAAAAUAUAUUAAUUGAAACAAUGAAUAAAAAAUCCAGUAUGCAAUUUUGCGAAUGUAAUUAUCAGGAUAGUGUCAGCGAAGGAGACGACGAUGAUGAUGAUGAUGAUGAUGGUGAUGGUGAUGGUAAUUAUAUUCGUGAAGAAAAUAAACGAUCAAAAAUAAAUCUAUUAUGUCAUAAAUAUAUUUUAUCUUAUCUAACAAAAUUUCGUCAAUUAAUAACAUGUAUUGUUGCAAGUAAAUUUUUCCGUCGCCUUGUUUUAUCAUCCAUUGUUAUAAAUACUCUAUCAAUGGGCAUUGAAUAUCAUGGACAACCACCAUCUUUAACAAAUGCAUUGGAAUAUAGUAAUCUAGUAUUUACGUCAUUAUUUGCUAUUGAAAUGAUAUUUAAAAUUGUUGCCGAAGGUUGUUUAAAAUACAUUAAAAACGCCUAUAAUUUAUUUGAUAGUGCCAUUGUUAUUAUGAGUAUUGUUGAAUUGCAAGGAAAUAAAAACAGUGGUUUAUCUGUUUUACGCACAUUUCGUUUACUACGUGUAUUAAAGCUUGUUCGAUUUAUGCCAACAUUGAGACGACAAUUGGUAUUGACACAAGAAGAUUGGAAUGAAGUACUUUAUAAUGGAAUGGAUAAAACUAGUGCCUGGGCAGCUUUGUAUUUUAUUGCAUUGAUGACGUUUGGAAAUUAUGUUCUAUUUAAUUUACUUGUUGCCAUUCUUGUUGAAGGGUUUUCCACCGAGAAAGGAGGCCCUGGUUCAGAGGUUGGCAGUAGCACUGAUCGGUUGGCUAAAGGUGAUCCAUUUAAAACUCAAGUACUGUUCACAGGUGAAAUUGAAGCACCAGCAAAUCCACAUGAAUUAAUCGCUGAUGAUGCACCGAGUACUAAAAAUAGUACAACUGAAAACAAAGGUUCUCGAAUGAAAGAAGUGAAAAUACUCAGUAUUCCAAAAAUUUCUGUUAGCAAUGAUUUUGAUUCAAAUUUACAAAUUGUUGCAACACACUCACUACAACUAAAUAAAGUUCCAACUCCACCAUCACCAUAUAAAUCCAUAAUAAAGCAUCGUUCAUCGCAACCACCCACACCCUCAUCAACAUCAACAUCACAAAGUUUUUUUACAUGUCCAACACGUGUUGAUUCAAAUCUUCUGAAUGAUCCUCUACAAAGAUCUUCAUCAGCUAAAACAUCCAAUCAAAUACAGAUAAAAAAGCAAACUAUCGAUGAAAAUGAUACUGAAAAUGAUGUUUCAGAAUUAUCUCGUGUAGAUAAUGCAUCAAAAAUAAAAUCAUCGUCGAAUGAACAACAAUUUCCUCAACGCCGUGGUACGAUAUCAAUCACAUCAGGAUUACGUUCAAAACAUCAUUCAAAUGAAGCUAUACAUAAGCGACAAUAUAGUUUGCGUAAAAAUCGCUCAUAUACAACAGUUGAUAAUGAUACUAUUUCAACGUUAAAUUUUAAUAAAUCAUCACCAAAUUAUUUCAUUCCACAUUUAUCAAAUUCACCACCACCACCACCAUUACCUUAUGCAGAGAAAAGUAUCCGAGAUUCAUUAACACAAAUAAAUCAUACACAACGACAUAAAGCAAAUAUUCUUCUACGACGAACAAAUUCUUGUCAUCCACCAUCAUCAUCGUCAACAACAAUAUUAAAGCGUUUUAUUGUGCAUGAUGGAAAACUAAUAGAACAAGAUAUACAUAAUCCACAACCAAUCAUAAAACGACGAUCAACAUUGGGUUAUCUAUCAUACUCAGCCACACAAAAUGAAACAUCUGGAAGUUAUAAAACACCGAUGCAUGAAAAUAAUGAACAAUAUAUGAAAUCUAAUACAAAUAGUUCCAUUCGAUUAGUCAUAGAUACUAAUCUCGGUACCCAGUCAAUUGUAAAUGAUCAAAGUGAUAUGCAAUUAAACGUUUCAAAACAAGAGAAUGAAACAUUUUCCCUGUCUCGAACACUUAUCAUGCGUUUUUGUGGUGAAAGAUUUUAUCAUUGCAUUGAAAAGCGUGAUAAUUAUUCACUUUAUCUCUUCUCACCAGAAAAUCGGCUCCGCAAAGGAUUAAAAUGGCUGAUCGCAAGAAAACCAUUUGAUUAUUCCGUUCUAUUUUUUAUUGCUCUUAAUUGCAUAACACUAGCUAUGGAACGUCCAUCGAUUCCGCCAAUAAGUUUUGAACGUGAAUUUUUAAAUGUGACAAAUUAUAUAUUUACAGUUAUAUUUUCAAUUGAGAUGGUGAUAAAAAUAAUAGCAAGUGGACUCAUAUAUGGACCACAUACAUAUUUACAUACUGGCUGGAAUGUUAUGGAUGGAUUUCUUGUCAUUAUAUCUAUUAUUGAUCUUGCCACAACGCAUCGUGGAUCGAUUUCUGCAACACCCAUCAAUGGCGAUUCUGAUGCAACAUCACGGAUAUUUAGCAUGCUAAGAGUUUUCCGAUUGUUAAGAACAUUAAGACCACUAAGAGUCAUCAGUCGAGCACCUGGUCUUAAACUUGUUGUUCAAACAUUACUUUCAUCAUUAAGACCUAUUGGGCACAUUGUUGUUAUUUGUUGUACAUUUUUUAUUAUUUUUGGUAUUCUUGGAGUUCAGCUUUUCAAAGGAAAAUUUUAUUAUUGUGAAGGUCCAUUUACUCGCAAUAUAACAACAAGACAACAAUGUGAAGAGAUGUCUAAUCAUCGUUGGAAAAAUCAACAAUAUAAUUUUGAUAAUUUAGGCCAAGCACUACUUGCAUUAUUUGUGUUAGCAUCACGUGAUGGUUGGGUACAAAUAAUGUAUAAUGGCAUUGACGCUGUUGAUAUUGAUAUGCAACCGAUAAGAAAUCAUAACGAAGCCAAAUUAAUAUAUUUUAUAUCAUUUUUAUUACUCGUCGGAUUUUUUGUAUUAAAUAUGUUCGUUGGAGUCGUUGUUGAAAAUUUUCAUAAAUGUCGUGCCGAACAAGAACGUGAAGAAAAAGCGCGGCGUACAGCUAAAAGAGCAAAAAAAAUUGACCGAAAACGGCGUCGUAUGCGUGAAGUACCAUAUUAUGCACAUUUUUCACCUUGGAGAAGACGUUUACAUGAUGUAUGUAAUAGUAAAUAUUUCGAUCUAAUUAUUGCUGCUGUCAUUGGUCUCAAUGUUGUUACAAUGUCAUUGGAAUUUUAUUUAAUGCCACGGGUCUUCGAUUCAGCUCUGGAUUAUUGUAACUAUGUAUUUACAAGUGUAUUCAUAGUCGAAUCAAUAUCGAAAAUUGUUGCACUCGGGCCAUUGCGUUAUUUUAAAGACAAAUGGAACCAAUUGGAUACGAUGAUUGUGGUUUUAUCGAUUGGUGGUAUUGCUAUGGAGAAAAUGAAAAAUGGACAAGUACUUCCAAUUAAUCCAACUCUAAUUCGUGUUAUGAGAGUUCUAAGAAUUGCUCGAGUGCUUAAAUUGUUGAAAAUGGCAAAGGGUAUUCGAGCUUUAUUAGAUACUGUAAUUCAAGCUCUCCCACAAGUCGGAAAUUUGGGUCUUUUAUUCUUUCUUCUUUUCUUCAUAUUUGCUGCGCUGGGCGUUGAAUUAUUUGGAAAAUUAGAAUGCAGUGACCAACACCCGUGUCUUGGCCUUGAUAAACAUGCACAUUUUAAAGAUUUUGGUAUGGCAUUUUUAACAUUAUUUCGUAUUGCAACAGGUGAUAAUUGGAAUGGAAUUAUGAAAGAUGCUCUUCGUCAAGAUGAUUCACCACAGGGCGCUAAAAGCCAAUUUAUGACGAUAUUAGCACCAAUCUAUUUUGUUAUCUUUGUUCUUAUGGCUCAAUUUGUUCUUGUGAAUGUUGUUGUCGCUGUAUUAAUGAAAAAACUUGAUGAGUCUAAUCGUAUGGUGGCUGAUGAUGCAGAAAUUGAUGAAGAAAUUGAAAGGCAAUUAGAAGCUGAUGCCCAUGAAAGAAAUUAUAUUGAACCACAACCACUUGAUGAUGCAGAUCUAAAUUUUCUAAAUGAUAAUACAAUGCAAAUUUUUCCAUUGACGAAACAAUUAUCUUUACCACCCAAUUUUACAUUUCAUUCCAUGAAUUCUCCCACAGCACGCCGACCAAAAUUUAAACCAAUAGAAAUAGUGAGAGGUUCAUCCUUAUCGUCUGUAGUUGGUUCUCCAUCACGUUUCAUAAAAUUACUAAUAGACAAAUCUUCGUCAAAUGAUGUUGAAAAAGAUCAUUCGUCGAAUAUUCAUUUAAGCACAGAAUUUUUAUAUCGUUCAACAUCAAUCGUUUCUCAUCGUCGUUCAAAUACUGUUCCCUCGCGAUACCAAAAAUCUAAUUCAAGAAAAAGAUCGAUUCGCAAAACAUCAUAUCUUACACCGACAUAUGAACCUAAAGUAAAUAUCGAACAUCAACUCUCAUCUCAACCCUUUUCACCAUCGUUAUUACCAGCACAGCAAGGACGACAUAUACGUGCUAUCGAUGACCCCGAUGAAGUAGAGUCACCAAGAAGUAGUAUUAUCAAUCGUAAUCUUUAA